AUGCAUCCAAUCGAGCUACUUGUGGAAGAAGCGAAUCAGAAAUUUUGGGACAUGACAAAGCGGCAAUCGCGGUCCUCAAAAGAAGCCGUCAACGAAUACAGACGGAGAUACAAGAGAGAGCCACCGCCAGGAUUCAACCAGUGGUAUGAUGCCGCUGUCAAGUCCAACACCCCUGUAAACGAUAACUUUGACACCAUUAUGGCAGCCUUCGAGCCUUACUGGGCAUUUUCCGCUCAAGAAAUGCGCGCAAGGGUUCAGGAUUUGGAAAACGUGAAUGGAUGGAAAGUGUGCAUAAUUAACAUUGACAGCCAUACACAGCAAGUCUCUGUCUCGCACACACAAAAAGUCUGGGCCACCUACAAGUAUAACAUUUCGAUGGACUUCUGA